AUGGCAGUGGUCUUCGGCCGCAAAGGCCAGAGCAAGCUGAAGGCAGGCAGCCGGCCCAGCCGGCCUAGCGAGGAUGACGGUAUCGGCAGGGGACGGGCAUGCAUCGAGCAUGUCCCCAAACUGCCGAUCCAAAGCGCCUGCUCUGGCCGCCCAAAGAUCUUUCUGGAGAUUGCAAUCUUCCGUGGUGCCUUCUUCGGAGUAGACCACCAGCAAGCCUUGGAGUUUGAGCUGUACCCAGAGGCGGCGCCCAAAGCAGCGCGCCGCCUCUUGGAGGACUGCGCGGCCGGAAGGCUCAGCGACCGCCGCCUAACGCAGAUAACGCCAACUUCUGCGCUGUUGGACGGAGCUGAGCUGGGUGAACCGGAAACGGAGACAGGGAAAGGACUGCCACACACAGAUCCCGGCAUGCUGUCCGUCUCGCGAAAUGUGGAUUUUGCGGGCUAUAUUCUGACGCUUGCCCCUGCUCCUCGUUUGGACCGCGACCAUGCAGCCGUGGGGCGCCUCAUCACGGGCUCUGCAUUCCUAGACCAUAUCGUGUCGGCACGCGACUCCACCUGCAAGGAAGUUCGCGUAGUGAAUUGCGGCGAGGUUUUAAGGGACCUGCCAAGUUCCGCGAAGACAGGUUGCUCCUGGUUUCCAAGCAUUGGCGGCGAGUGCCUAUGCUUGAUGGCCAUCCGUUUCAGUGACACCCUCAACCGCUUGGGUGAACUACCAGACACCGGAGAUCCAGAGGAGGACCUGGAAGCUGACGUGCAUGAGCCGCAGCCCGCAGAAGCUGCAGUUAUCGUGUUGUUCGCAGUGGAAACGCUCACCGUGGGCACGCUGCGUCCUCAGAAUCCAUGUGUCAAGGCGUUACGCAGGACUGCCACGUUCCUGUCCUUGAGCAAGUUUGGGCAGGUCAGGUUCGGUGAGGCAUGCACGUCACAAUGGUUGAGGAUAUUCUUGGAGAGGCGCUUCUGGGCGAAGGCCGGGGGUGCAUCCGUCCUUGCAUUGCCCGUGCAGCUUUUGCUCCACUUUGCUGGAGUUCCCGCGAACUGGCUCGGAGGCUUUGCUUUGCGCUUGUCCGAGAAGUCUGAGCAGCAAGGGCUGCAGCAAUGGAUCGAGCCGCGAACCUCAGAGCUGAAAGCAGACAGUACAGAGAGCCAACACGUGCUGUGCUGCUGGGGCGGGGGACCUGCCGCCGCGAUCUUCGAACCUACCAUUGCGCCACGUUGUGAGAGUGGAACUGACCAAGCCUGCCGAGUGCAGCCUGUGAGGUGCGAUGAGGUGCGGUUCCAGAUGGUUGACGAGUUUCGGAUCGAAUUUCUGAAGGUUCGACUGCGGACGCGUGCAACCUCCUGGGAUGUCUGGGGCCUCGGAACCGUUACCCGUGAAGGCGGCGAUCGCACAGUGACGGUCGUCAUCACGUGGUGUACCGGAGAGGCGGAAUGCUCGGAAUGCCUCGCACAAUUCAGGAUCUUCGUGUUGAGUCAGGCCCCGACGCGUUGGCGGAGACAAUGGUCUUCAAAGGGAGCCUCGGCGUUGGUCGGAUCCGAUGGAGUGAAGACGUGUGAUGUCUUGGCUGAGACCGGUGUCUCACAAUGGGAGAAGCCCGAUUCACUGAUGACUGACAGCGAGCGGAUUGUGAAUUCCACCGCAUGGAAGCAGUAUCGGAUCUGGGAUGGCCGAAUAUUCUACCACAACAAGGAGACAAAAGUUAGCUGCUGGAGCAUGCCACCGGAGCUGCGCAAGCUCCGCGGCGAGAGCACUGGACUUGACGAUCGGCCCUUGCCCGAAACUCGUGCAGAGCAACGUCAAGCCUUCCAGGAGUUCUUGAAGGAACGGCAAGUUGAUGCGACAUGGGACUGGCGACGGGUUCAAGAGUUGGCCCGGGACGCCCCCCAAGCCGAAGGUGUCAGUGAGCCCGUCCAGAAGCAAGUCUUCGCGGAGCUUCUGAGUUUAGCCCUCAAGCGUGGCGAGACGGAGGCGCGGGCGAAAGCACGCAAUGCUGCCGUAGCGCUCGAGCGAUUGGUCGAAGAGCGCUUCGCAGAUCCGGAUGCUUUAGGUACCACCUACGAGGAGGCAGCUCGCAUACUAGGAGACGAGGAGGCAUGGACGCUGAUCAAGUCCGACGUUCGGCGCGACGAGGUUUUCCAAACUGUCAUGGAACGCCUGGAAGAGAAGCACGAAAAGCACCGUGCAGACAAGAGGGCAGAGCGCGUCGUGCGGCUCCAGCGGCUCAUGGCGACGGACCCAGAGCUGCGGAGGCCGCGGAUGCGAUGGAAGGAUGCAACAGCCGUCCUGGCCAGACGUGAUGAGUUACAGGAGGAGGAGCCACCCAUCGAGGCUCUUCGUGUUUGGGCUUCCAUGCGCGAGCUCAG